GACGCAUGCGCAUAACUACGUUCUUGCAUCUUAACUGGGACUGUAGCUGACUGAGAAUGAAUGGAAGGAGGGUUGUUGAAUGAAAUUAUAUACAUGUCGUGGUUUGUGUCGUUUUUGUAUUUUGCCGUGUUACGUAACGUUGCUUUCAAUACGACAGAAACAAGAAUAGAGUGAAAGUAGACAGGAACGACGUUUACAAUAACAACCCAAACAAGCUAGCCAACGUUAGCUGCAGGCUGACAUAUGCAGCAACAUCAUUAGACAUUUAUGUGAGAAGAUAUCAAAGGAAAAUGUAUUUUCUCUACACGGUUAUUGCGUCUUUAGUGUCUUUUUUUAUUCUGAAAUGGUUGAAAAAGAGGAGGUACUGCACCGACCUCAAAAGACUGGAUGGCAAAACGGUUCUUAUAACAGGUGGGAAUUCUGGCAUUGGCAAGGAGACAGCUGUUGCCUUGGCGACGAGAGGUGCCCGUGUCGUCAUCGCUUGCAGAGACGUGGAAAAGGCAGAAAAGGCUGUGAGGGAGAUCAAGUUCAAAAGUCACAGCCUUAACAUCCUAAACAUGGAGCUGGAUCUGGCCAACCUGAACUCGGUGAGGGAGUUCUGUAAGAACUUCCUCCAGAGAGAGAAGAGGCUGGACAUCCUGAUCAAUAAUGCAGGCAUGCCCAGUGUCUUCGACUGGACAGACGACGGCUUCAGCAUGUGUUUUGGUGUCAACCACUUGGGCCACUUCCUCCUAACCAACCUGCUUCUGCCUCGCCUGAAGGAAUGUGCCCCCAGCCGGGUGGUUACCCUCACGUGCUCCAGCUACAAAUACCAAAAACUCGACUUUCAAGACCUCAACUAUAACCUGCUGCCCUUCUUCACCUUCUGCCGCAGCAAGCUGGCCAACGUCUACUUCAGUCAGGAGCUGGCUCGGAUCACGGAGGGGAAAGGAGUGACAUCAUAUGCUGUGCACCCUGGUUUUGUUCAAAGUGGUUGGACAUGCCACUUCUCCAUCCUGGUCCGGAUGCUGAUGCAGGUGAUCAUGUGGAUGUUUUUUGUGCCGUGUGAGAUCGGAGCCCAGACUGUCAUCUACUGUGCCGUAUCAGAUGAAGCUGCCAAAAACAGCGGUGGUUACUUCAGCGACUGCAGACCUGCUACUCUGCGUCCUUUUGCAAGAGACUCAGGUGUUGCAAAAAAAUUGUGGGAGGCAAGUGAGAGACUGGUCAAACUGGCUUGAUUUUAGAUGCUGGGCAGACUUGUUAUCUGUUUUUUGUUUUUUUUCUUGACUUUGUUUUUUUUUUACAUAUUUAUGUCUUUCGAUGACAGUUCUGUUAACAUGCAAUGAAGAUGUAAACAUUUCUUGUACUUUUUGUGCCUGUGUAUUUUUUCUCCAACAAAACUUCUUGUUACGGCUGUAAAUUUAGAUUUUUUUUUUCCACAGAAAAAAAAAAUCUAUUUUACAUUGUUUUCCACUGUGUUGGCAGAAUAUAUUGUUAUUUCAUUAAAUGGCUUUGGGUCUUUACCGUAUGUGUUGACCUAGUGACUAUUUUCUAAAAUAUGUUCCACAAAGUGUGUGAAAUGUGUCCUCCUUUUUUUUUUUUACUAGAAAUAAUUUAAAGACAUUUUUUAAUGUAAUCGCUUGUGUAAAAUAUUUAAAAAGACCAACCCAACCAUCUGCUGGUAAAUAUGUCACCUGUUGGUUAUUAAAGGAAGGUUUUAUUCCUGUGUCUGUUCGGAGACUUUUAUGGAUAUUGUGUCUCUGAGCUGCAACCUCAGCUUCUGUUCAAACUGCAUGAAGGAGAUUCUGGUUAAAAACACAAGAACAGAAGGUUCACCAUAUGUAAGGUUGAUUCGUAUGAACUGAAAGUCGUAAACAUAGUUGUUUCUGAUAUGAAGGAAUUUACAGUAAAUUGUAAA